AUGUCGAAAUUUGAUAUCGAAGAGUUAAUCGGAGAACUAACGCUUCAAGAAAAAAUCGCCUUGAUAGCAGCCAAAGACUUCUGGCACACAUCUCCCGUAGAAAGACUUGGUAUUCCAUCUGUGCGUGUCAGUGAUGGUCCAAACGGUGUAAGAGGUACCAAGUUCUUCAACUCUGUGCCCUCUGCGGCGUUCCCCAAUGGUACUGGUCUUGCCUCGACUUUCGAUACCGAGCUAUUGGAAGAGGCCGGUCAGCUCAUGGCGGUGGAAGCCGCGCAUAAGAACGCGUCUGUGAUUCUUGGUCCUACCACGAACAUAGCUCGUGGGCCUCUUGGAGGUCGUGGUUUCGAAUCUUUCUCUGAAGAUCCUUACCUAUCCGGUAUGUGUACCGCUGCACUAGUCAACGGGAUGCAAAGUCGUGGUAUUGCAGCAACGGUCAAACACUAUGUUUGUAAUGACUUGGAGGAUCAAAGGUUCUCUUCAAACUCGAUAGUCACCGAAAGAGCUCUUAGGGAAAUCUACUUGGAGCCAUUUCGCUUAGCCGUCAAGUAUGCAAAUCCUGUGUGCAUUAUGUCUUCGUAUAACAAAGUGAAUGGGACCCACUGCUCUCAGAGUAAGAAGCUACUAGACGACAUAUUGCGUGAGGAGUGGGGCUGGGAUGGUAUGAUCACUUCCGAUUGGUUUGGUACCUACUCUUCUGCGGAUGCCAUCAAGAAUGGUUUAGAUAUUGAAUUUCCUGGGCCUACCAAGUGGAGAAAAUCGGAACUAAUUAGUCAUUUGAUUUCUUCUAAAGAGGGAAUCUCUGAAGAAGACGUUAACACGCGCGUGCGCAAUGUUCUCAAGAUGAUCAAGUUCGCUGUUGACAACAAGGAUAAAACCGGAAUCAUUGAAAAUGGUCCAGAAAGUGAUGCCAAUAACACUCCGGAGACCGCUGCAAAAUUGAGAAAAAUUGCAGCGGAUAGUAUCGUUUUGUUAAAGAAUGAGAAUAAUGUUCUACCUCUUUCUAAGGAUGAGUCAAUUGUCGUAAUUGGUCCCAAUGCUAAGACUAAGUUUAUGUCCGGUGGAGGGUCUGCAUCGUUGAACCCAUACUAUGUCGUGCCCAUUUAUGACGGUAUCAAGAGCAAACUUGGUAAGGAUCCAGAGUACUCAAUUGGGUGCACUUCAAACAAGACAUUAAAUGGAUUGUGGGAGGCUUGUGUGAUUGACCCAUCUAAGGGAAAUCAAGCAGACAAUAUAGGUGCACAAGCAAUCUUUUAUACCAAGCCCGUUGAGGACAGAUCUCCGGAUGAAAAGCCCAUAGAUUCGACGACUAUUAAGCAAUCAUACUUGACAUUAUUCGACUAUAAAAACCCUGCUGUUGAGGAAUCCAAUCCAUUGUUUUACGUUGAUUUCGAAGGUUACUACACUCCCGAAGAAGAUGGUGACUACGAGAUUGGUCUACAAGUGUAUGGUACUGCCUUGUUAUUCAUUGAUGGUGAGCUCGUUGUUGACAACAAAACAAAGCAAACGAAGGGCACCUUCUGCUUUUCAGCCGGUACCAUCGAAGAGAAAGCUAUUGUAUCAAUGAAGGCCGGUAAGUCAUACAAGUUUAGAGUCGAGUAUGGCUCAGGCCCUACCUCUCAAACAGCGAGCGAUUUUGGUGCUGGUGGUAUGCAAGUUGGUAUCGCCAAGAAAAUUGAUGAAAAUGAAGAGAUCGCGCAUGCUGCCCAGCUUGCGAAAGAGCAUGACAAAGUUGUUUUAUGUAUUGGUUUGAAUGGUGAAUGGGAGUCAGAAGGUUAUGACAGGGAAAAUAUGACCUUGCCAAAAAAGACUAAUGACUUAGUCCGUGCUGUCCUAAGAGCCAACCCUAACACGGUGGUCGUAAACCAAUCCGGAACGCCUGUUGAAAUGCCUUGGAUUUCAGAGUGUAAUGCGCUGUUGCAGUGCUGGUAUGGCGGAAAUGAAUUGGGUAACGCAGUUGCCGAUAUCGCUUUCGCAGACGUAGUUCCUAGUGCAAAAUUGUCGUUGUCUUGGCCAUUUAAGAAUGAAGACAAUCCAGCCUACUUGAACUUCGCUACUGAAAGUGGAAGAGUGCUUUACGGGGAAGAUGUUUUUGUGGGCUAUAGAUUCUAUGAAAAAUUGCAGAGACAGGUGGCUUUCCCAUUUGGCUACGGUCUAUCAUACACCACCUUUACUUUCGAAAACCUUGAGGUUACAGCCGAUGAGUCUAAAGAGAUUCUUUCGGUUCAGCUUGAUGUAACAAAUUCCGGAUCGAAGUACGCAGGUGCUGAGGUGGUACAGGUCUAUGUAGCACCAACUAAGAGCGGAAUCACGAGACCUGUCAAAGAACUGAAAGGUUUCAAAAAGGUCUACUUGGAGCCAAAUGAAACGAAGAAAGUUUCUCUUGAACUGCCACUCAAGGACUCGAUUUCCUACUUCGAGGAAUACCACAAUAAAUGGUGCGCGGAGGCUGGAGAGUAUCAAUUAUUGGCCGGCUCUUCUAGUGAUGACACCCAGCUAAUUUCUAGCUUUGAAUUGUCCAAGACAUUCUACUGGAAAGGCUUAUGA